AGGUAUUUCUUGUGAUCAUAAGCAUCAAUCUCUCUCACAAUUCACUUUUGGGUCCUCUCCCUAAGGGAUUCUUUUCAUCCUUGAAUCAACUUAACGUCCUUGAUUUGAGCUACAACCGUCUCUUUGGAGAUAUAUCUGCUUGGCCUGCCUCCUUUCACAUUGUUUACACAUCUAGCAAUCAAUUUAGCGCAACAAUCCAGUCUGCAUCCCUUCAAAGAGCAUGGAGGUUGAUCGAGCUCAAUGUCAGCAAUAAUAGUUUCAUGGGCCCUAUUCCUUCCUUUCCUUGCAUCAAUUCUUCGUUGGUCAGCCUCCUCGAUUUCUCUUAUAAUCAUCAUAGUGGCCAUAUUCCUAGUGGACUUGGGGCAUGUUCCAAACUAAAAUUUUUUCGGGCAGGUUUUAACUCUCUCUCAGGACCGCUUCCUAAUGAUAUGUACAAUGUGACGGGGUUGGAAGAAAUUUCCUUACCUUCCAAUCAUCUUUCAGGACCCAUUAGUAGUGACAUCGUGAACCUUACAAAACUCAUAAACCUUGAGUUAUAUAGAAAUGAAUUGGGGGGCAAGCUCCCUGUGGAUAUCGGAAAGCUCUCCAAAUUAAAAUACAUACUCCUUGAUGGGAACUCCUUAAGAGGUUCUUUGCCCCCAACAUUGGUGAAUUGCACAAAUCUCACUAAAUUGAUUUUACGGUUCAAUUUUCUUGAAGGAGACAUCUCUACCUUUAAUUUCUCGAGUCUUCAUCAACUUACUAUAAUUGACUUGGGGUUUAAUAACUUCUCCGGUAACUUGCCAGUAAGCCUUUAUUCAUACAAGUCCUUGAUUGCAAUUCGACUAGCUGCAAACCGACUGGAGGGACAAAUCCUCUCUGAGGUACUUCAAUUGAAAUUCUUAUUUUUCCUUUCAAUUUCUAACAACAGGCUAACCAAUAUCACAGGCACAAUCAAGAUUUUGAUGCGUUGCCAAACUCUUAGUAUUGUCCACCUUGGAGGAAAUUUUCCACACGAGGCACUUCCAAGUGAUGACAAUGUUUCUGGUUAUGAUGGAUUUCAAAAUCUCCGAAGUUUGAGUACUCUUAGCCAAUGCCAACUAACUGGUCAACUUCCUAUAUGGCUAUCUAAGCUUAAGAAGCUAGAAGCCUUGGAUCCAGGUUUCAAUCGUAUCACAGGUUCAAUUCCUAGUUGGUUGUCUACUCUUCCAAGGCUCUUUCGUUUAGAUUUAUCUAAUAACCUCAUUUCAGGUGAAUUCCCAAAGGAACUUUGUGCAUUGCCAGCAUUAGUGUCAAACAAAGGCUCUAGUCGACAACAAUAAAUUAGAUUUACCAAUAUUCUUUGGCGUUGAAGAGACUAGCCAUUUCAAGUUUGAAGCCAAUUUUCUCUCAAACAUGGGAUCAAAAAUUGUUGUUGCAAAAAAUAAUCUUAGCAGCAACAUCCCAGUUGAGAUCGGCCGUUUGAAGUUGCUUUCUUGGCUGGAUUUUAGUCAUAACAAUUUCUCAGGCAACAUCCCAAACCAAGUGUCUGAGCUCACAAACUUGGAAGGUUUACACCUCUUUGAAAAUCAGUUGUCCCGCGACAAACCAGUAUCACUAAGUAGUCUACAUUUCUUGCAUAGCUUUAGUGUUGCAAUCAACAAUUUGCAUGGACCAAUACCAUCAGGCACUCAGCUCUAGAGCUUUCAUGCCUCUGUAUAUGAGGGUAUCCUGGAUUUUGUGGCCCUCCACUUCUACAUGUGUGUGCCCAUAUUGUUAGCAACAACAGAGACAUUAAGGAUGAGGACAAUGGGCAUAAAAUCCUAUGGUUUCAUAUUACUGUGGU